ACUUACAAAAGCAGUGGCAUCUCUCUGGAGAGCACAGUGAUCAUUGAAGUAUUGGGGAAUUGCCAGAUGGUUUUGGAAGUGCAAGAUGUACAGAUUAAGAAAACUUUUGCAUCCAGAGAGGAGUCUCUGAAGGAAAUGGACAGUCUAAGGGAAAUACUAGAAAAGCAUCCUCUUCAUUUUUCUCUCCAUGAUGGGAAAGUACUGAAGCUCUGUCCUGUGAGGAGUGAACAGACCUGGGCACUGAACAUCAAGCGGGGCAUUCUCAGUGUCCUGCAGACAGCACAGGAAUUCCCUGCUGGUGCAGUUGUUGAGGAGGUGGAUGUCUUGGGAAUAUGCCCAACCAAGUAUCAGCAGAAGGGUCCCAUUCUUGUAAAGACAAGGGACUUAAACCUCUGCUCCCAUCGCUCUUCUGGUUUGACUUCUGUGCAGUCUGUUGUUCUUCCUCAUGUGUCAUCUGAGCAGCAGAUCCUGUCCUCCCAGCUGGAAUGUGUGCAGAGCAUUAAGGACGGGGUCCUGGAGGAGGCCGAAUGCACCGAGUCCGACCGUGUGACGCUGUUCCCUCAGCAGGGCAGCGGGGCAGAGACACAGACACAGUCUGCACUCAAACUCUUGCAAGUGGAGACAGAGACUCCCUACAAUAAAAGGGACUCUGAGGAUCUGUAUGUGACCAGCAUUCUCUAUGAAAGGGAGGUAACUAAGAGGGAGGUCACUGGGGCAGAAGUGACUGAACUGGUGUGGAAGCUUUGCUUAGCCCACAGUGCAAGUUAUGAGACUGCAGAUCUUUUCAUGACUCUCGUGUUUGAGCUUCAACAUCUCUCUCUUGAGGCCUUAAGAGGACUAUGGCAAAGAUCAUCAUUUAAGUGCAGAGAUAAUUGGCAGCCAUUAAUAGAUGCUCUCCCAUCCUGUGCCACAGAGGCAUGUGUUGUGCUGAUGAAAGACCUCAUAGCUUCUGGAGAAGUUGAGGAAGACAAAGUAGAAUAUUUCUUCUGGUCAUUUUCAUUCAUUCCUAAUCCCACCUCGGGCAUGAUUGAAUCUCUUGCUCCUUUGCUGAGGUCACCUAGAGCAAGCCAGAGCUGCUUCUUGGGAGUAACUGCUCUUGUACAUAGGUUUUGUUCAGCUCACAACUCCUGUGAUAUUGUACCUGCUGUGCAGAAUGUGAUGAGGACUCUUGGGGAAUUUUUGGGAGAAAACUGUACUGUGCAAGAUUCAGAACACCUCAGCAAGCUGCAGCUGGUGUUGAAAGCCAUUGGAAACGCGGGGCUGGCAGCGGCUUCGCUGGCUCCUGCUCUGAGCUCGUGCGCUGCCCUGAGGAGCCAUCCCGUGGAAAUCCGCCUCGCUGCUGUCCAGGCCUUCCGCCGCAUUCCCUGCUCUGCUGGGAAUGCUAUAUUACUUCAGUUGUAUCAAACAAUCAGUGAAGAUGUGGAAAUAAGAAUUUCUGCUUAUUAUAUAGCAAUGAAAUGUCCACAUGAAGAGUUAUUUAAACAAGUGCAAAAGACUUUGCUAAAAGAAACAUCCAGUCAAGUUGGCUCCUUUGUUUGGAGUCAUCUCUCUCAGCUCCUGGAGACAGAUGAUCCAUUGAAGGAGCACCUUCGAGAUUCUAUUCCUGAUGAAAUCCUUAGCAAAGAUUUUGACUGGGAGAUAUGGAAAUACUCCUCAUACUCUGAUGUCACCUUUCACUCAGCUGGUGCAGGUGCAAAUGUGGAAGCAUCAGUGGUCUUUUCUCCUACAUCUUAUCUACCACGAUCAGUCAUGACAAAUUUGACUGUUCACUUUAUGGGACAGGCUAUAAAUCUACUGGAGGUCGGUGUACGACUGGAGAAUGCUGAAACUCUCAUGGAGAAGGUUUUUGGGCCGAAAUCUUCUACUUUCAGUGACUAUUUUUUUGGAAACACUAAUGAAGGAAACCACAAGUCGGAAACCCCAGUGGAAGCAGCAGAGAAAGUCAAGCAAAGGAACCCAACUUUGAAGAGAUAUAGUCACACUGAUCAUCUUGUGAGCAAGUCUGGCAAGCCAAAGCUGAGAAAAACAAACCAAAAUUGUCUUGGUAGAAAAUACAGUAAGAUGAAUGAGUUAGUCAAAAAGGUAACUGAAUCUGUAGAUCUUGGAGAAAUUAAUGACAUUUCCCAGUGGAAGCCAGGGCCCCAUCUCACAUUGGACAAGUGCUCUGGAUUACUAUUUAUUUUUUUUUCAUGUCAGUUCACUGAGCGAACAGUAAGAAAGGAGAUGCUGAAAUGUGAGCUGAGCAUGAAAAUCUUUGGAAAUGAACUUAGCUUCUUAGAUUGUGAAGAUUUUAGAAAACAAAUGAAGCAUUAUUCCUUAAAUCUGGCUGAGUUGGCUGUCAAACUUCUAAAGGGGCAGGAGGUCCAGUUUAAUAAAAGGAUGAGCUUGGCCACUGAAGAACUGCAGUUUCCAGCAAUUUCAGGCUUUCCUGUUCAACUGGCAGUCAGUGCCUCAGCAGCAAUCAACAUAAAAAUCAAAGGGAAUGCGGAUUUCAAAGAACAGUCCAAUGUCUUUUUAAAUGGAUAUAUCAAGCCAAGUGCAUUUGUCCAGCUUUCUGUCCAAAUGGGAAUUAUGGGGACUCUGGGACAAGCUGGCCUAAAGUGGUUAACAGGAAUGAGGACAUCUACUAGUCUUGAUGGGGGAAUCCAGGUGAAAAAAGGGAAAGAGCUCAAAGUUUUCUUGAACACUCCAGAAGAAUCUAUGGAGAUAAUAAAUUUCAGCUCUAAACUGUACUUCAGAGUGGUGGAUGAGACAGAAGAUAUAGAUGUCUUCCAAGACCACAGAGAAACCAGAUCUUGCACUAGGGAGAAAGUGUCUGAGAUUAUUGGAUGGCAGCUGUGUUCUGAAAUGUCCUAUCCUGACCCGGCCAGUGGUUUGGUUUUCCCCCUCACUGGACCUUUGAGAGUGGCUGUGACAUUAACUAAGCAAGACAGAGGUCUGCAGCAGUAUGUGCUGGAAGCUGCCUAUAACUACAUAGCUCAGGUACCACUGAAUGCUGAUAGGAGGUACAUACUCUUUUUAUCUGUGAACAGCACACAGACAAUCUCUUACAGAAGUCUUAGUGUAAGAGAUUGUUUUGUAAAUGGUGUGCCAAUGAACAGUGUGAUUAUCCUUUCUUUCUUUCAGGAGAAUUCAUGGAUCCCAAGUGAAGCUGUCUUCCACUUCUUUGCUGGGACUCCAAAGUCAGACUUGAAAAGAGAUGUUGGUGUUGACCUAAGUUUUAGUGUCCCACAGAAGAAAUUCAGGAUCCUAUUUAUGCAACCUAAGAAAAAAAUUGAGAUUGAUGGGAGGAUUGAGUUUUCUAAAAAUUCCCGAAUUGGACACCUGGAGCUGAUAGUGGAUGACCAAGAUGUGUAUUACAUUAAGGGAAUGGCAGAUUUGCAGAUGCUGAGUGGAGAGCAGAGAUACAUGACCCAGCUGGAGGUAAAGCUGAUAAAGCAAAGCAGUCCUAUCAUUCUGUCAGGAAACAUCACUAAGCAGCUUGGCAAGAAGAUAGCUUUUUCAGUGUCUCUGAAUAAUUUGUUGAAGGAUGCUGCAUUUCUUUCAGCACUUCUGGAGAAAAAGGUUAAUGAUAAGCUGAGACAAUAUUCGUUGGAAGGGGAGACUCAUCUUCCAGGUGUUCUUGGAGUUCACGCCGUUGCUCUUCUCCAGCAGCAUGAGGGAUUGUGGUCUCAUGGUCUGCAGAUAAAAUAUGGACUCCUAGGAGAAUCAAAAACCCCAUGCCACGAGUGCAGAACGCAGCAGAAGGUUCAAGUGGAGACGGGUGCACAGGGCUUGUACAGACUAGAGCUGGGCCAUGAGUUCCACUGUGUGCAGGCCCCCACCUACAGCCACCAGGUUCACCUGAAACAUGAAGUGAGUGCAUCUUGGAUUUCCUCCCAGAUGGAAGUGAACUAUGGGAAACACUGGGAUGAAAUAAACAACAAGAAGAAACUGCUGAUCAGCCAAGCCUUUAAGAAUAGUUCUAGUUCAUCUGUAGUCAGCUAUUUCAUGGAGUUUACCAUGCAAGUCCUGGAAAAACAGGUGAAUUAUAGAACCCAGCUGCAGCACUUGCACACCUCUCAGGUGUAUUUGCAGAGCAGUACCAACUUUGAGGUGCAGUAUAAUGACCAUGUACCAUUUGUGGCUGGGCUGCAGUGGAAGGAUGCAUCCAGAAAUGGCCUGAAGAAAUGGGAAGGUGGGUUCCAUAUAGACACCCCAUGGCUCUAUCUGUACGCAGCUCACAAACUGCACCAGCCUCAGCAUUCUGCUUAUUUACUGACAUCUGAGCUGACAGCUGGAAAAGCUCUCUCCAUUAAAGACCUUGUACUGGAACUAUUCUAUAAAGAUCAAGGCAAUGAGAAGGAAGGAAAAGUUCACAUUUACACACCAGCUACCACAUACCUGCAGGCAUCCACACUUAAUCAUCUUGAGAGAAAUGUUCUGCAUAGCUAUAGUGAAAUGAUCUCUCUGUGGAAUCAGCUUGUGAAGAAUGAGAUUCAUUUGGAGAAUAAGGAUCAAGCCAAACUUCUCUGCUUUAAGAUAAAGAGUACAAAACAGGAAUUUAACUUCACAGCCAGCUAUCAGAAUCUGCCAAUGCCUAAGAAGACAAACUUUUCUGUGAAGAUUGUAUGGAGAGAUUAUAAAAGCCCACCUGUCAUACUGCAGUGUGAAGGUCAGAUAAAAGAGUUGAGGAAGGAGAAGAUGCUCUAUCAAAAACGUGCAACCCUCCAUUUCAGGCAUCCUUUUAAAGUGCCCUUUUUGCAGAGCUUCCUUCUGCAGGAGACAUUUACUGUUGAUAAAAAGCAAAAGCACUAUUUCAUGGAAACAAAAGUUUUGAUAAAUGGGGUGGAGGAAACAGUUCAGACUCUUAUACUUGGUUACCAACCUGAAAACCCCUAUAUCUGUGCAGGCUUAACUCAUCCUUAUAACUACAGCAUGUUCCCCAAAGAUGUUGAAAUGUGCAUUUUAACUCUAAAUCAUCAAAAUGUGAAGCAUGAGCUUGAGACUGUCUUAAAGGUGAAUAAGGAAGAUGUUCUCAGUUUUCUAGGGAGGUAUCAGGACAAAUCCAGUGAGGCAGAUUUUAGACAUCUUUUACACAUGGAUGUGACACACUCAUUCCAGCUUGAGUUUCCACAAGCAAUGAGCCUAAGUGGGGAGCUGUUUUCCAGGCAGACUAAACUGGAACACUUUGACUGUGGUGUGAGUGUAAAAGUCAUCACCAACAAGAACAUGUCUUCACAGGCCCAGGCAGCUGUGAAGAGUUAUGGUGAAAACAAUGUCAAUGGCUCUCUUCACCUUCAUUCCAAUGGAAGGGAAAUGCUGGUGCUGGAGGUCGAUGUGAACAAUGAAAACAGGAGGAAUGCCAGAACUGUUGACCUGAGAGCUUUUCUCCAUCAGACAGUCCUGACAAAUCCAGAAUCAGUACGGUUCCAGCUCAUGGGCAAAAUAUUUCCAUCAAGACUUCUGUUAUCUUCUGACUUGAAGCUGAAUGAAAAUAGGCUUCACAUGGAUUUCAUGGGAGUCAGGGAGCAGAAAGUUGGUUUUGUUCUGUCCGUAAAUGGAAGAGUCCAACACACUUUUACUGGAUUAAAGGCCAUACCUCAUCUCCUUUCUCUGGAUGGAUUACUGAAGUGCAAAAACAACAUUCAUGAUGGAAGCAUCAAUGUGAUGGUCAACAAAAAACUGUAUGGACUGCGUGUCAGGAACAGGAAUGUGUUUGGGAAAACCACUGUGCACAACAUCACCAUUGCCAUUGUUCAGAAUGGCAGUCAGGCAAUCCCAGUGGAGGCAAGACUGAAUGGCCACCUGGAACUGAGUAAAGAGAAGAAAAGGGGGCUCGCCAGCUUCCAGGUGGAUGAGAAGGCUCUUUCUGUAGAUUUUUUAAAUGUCGUGGAUCAUGGGCAUGGCAGAGUCAGUGGUUCUUUCACGCAUAAUAUCGACUUUUUAAAAAAUGCAGGGUUACCUUUGGAUGGUAUUCUUACUGUCACAUGUGAGCAUGGCACAGGAAAUCACACCAUUGCCAUAGUCCUGCAGAGUGGCAGUGAAAGGAUUGCUGCUGUGUUUGAGGGGGACAGACUGGCCACAGAACCUCCAACAUCCCAGCUAUCUGUGAUCUUAAAGCACAACAUCUCAAAGAUAAAGAAACUUGGGAUCCCUUUUAUUUUGGAAGCUGCUGGUUAUUAUGAGAAAGGUGUUUUCUGUGCUUUACUGCAUAUGAACAGAUGUGUUGUCCAAUUUUAUUUUUCCCCUAUGAAUGGAAAGUGGAUCAGCAGGCCUAAGGCUUGCAUCUGCUACUGGAUUUAUCUGGUCAUCCUUUGGAAGGCUGCUAAAGAGCAGAACAGUGUUUUGCAUGGCAUUCUCUUUGGAAAUUCCGACCCACAGGAGCAUUAUGGGCCACAAUUCCUGAAUUUCUCCAGAAAGAUUGCUGUGGGAAUAACAACCACAGUGGAGACAGAGCAGCUCAAGAUUGAAAUAGAGAAGAAAACCACUGGCACUGCUAUGGAAAUUUCUCUUUCACUUCACCAUGAUGUGGGAGGACUGAUGGAUAUUUUUCCACAUGUACUAGAGGUUGCUUGCAGUGGAGAAUCUGCUAACAAACAACUUUCUGGCCUUUGCAAUGGUGCAAUUGCAUUUCAUCAUUUUGAGACUCCAGCAAGAGUUUCACUGAAUGGAUCAAUAUUUACCAGCAACUUUACUGUCAUCCUCUUUGGACGUGUUUCUUUUCAUGACGUAUUUGCCUGCCUGCAACUCUAUGCCACCACUAACACCCAUCCUCAUUUAGAAAUCGACUUCCAGCAUUCUUUGUCUUCACUUCAUUCUCUGGGAGUUGCCAGAGAGAACCAGCUGAAGGUGUUAGCCAUAAGAAGUGACAAGUACAAGGGCAUCCUUGGUAUUGUCCUUGGGCCUUGCACUUUGGAAGCUGAUGGGGAAGUGAGCCUGGCAAGCAAUGAGACGGGAUGGGUACUUGCUUUUAGAAACAAGUGCGUCAGUCUAGAGAGGAUGGGAUUGCCUCAUGCUGCAGUCUUGGGGGGCUCAUUUCGACAGAACAUCUGCAACGUGGGCUUGUUAAUGAACCUGCAGUGUGAUGGCAGAGCAGUGGAUGUGCAGAUAGACACCUCCUGCCAGCAAGAAUAUACACUCCAAGGGAUGCUCAGGCAUUCACUUCCCUGGCUCAGCCAGCUGGGGCUGCCUUCUGAAAACUCUGUCCUGUUCUCUGCAGCCACUGACUCCACCACAGAGGGCAUUUUCCUGCUGCAGGCUGGCAGAUGCAGACUGAGGGCCAGAGGAGACUUCUGUGUCCAGAAUAAAGCUGACUGGACACUGGAAACAGAAACAGAAUGUCAACUUCUACAGGAUCUCAGUUUCCCAACUCAGUCACGUCUCACCGGAUCCAUUCAGAAAGACAAGUGCCAGGCAGAGCUGCUCUCUGUCCUGGAAACAGAAGGCAAAACUGCCCAUCUUGAAGUGAGAGCAGAGUGCAAGCCAAAGAUGGCUCUGGAAAUUCAGUUCAGGCAUGACCUCCCCCAGCUGAAGGAAAUCCCAAGGGAAAAUGAACUGUCCAUCACUGCACGGAAACACUUAAAAUAUCUGCUUGGAGUUGGAAUGAAAUUGGGUGCCUGUGAGCUUCAAAUGAAUGGGGAGUUUGACCCUGAAAAGAACCUUCAGUGGAAAAUGCUUAUAGAAAACAAAUGUCAAACAAUUCAGGAUCUUGGAGCACCAAUGAAAAUUGAUGGCUCAGGCUACCUUUGGAUGGAUAAAAUGAACCUAGAUUCACAGACACUUAUCACUGUUGAUGAAAGUAAAUUCCGAGGACUCCUUAUACUAAAAGUCACUGAUGAAAGGCAAGAGUUGGAUGCAGUGCUAACCCAUAACAUACAAGGAGCUGCUGACGUUGGCAUUCCCAUGAGGAUGUUACUUGAUGUCAUAUCAGAAAAGAACAGCGACUUCUAUAAAGGAUUUAUUCAUUUCUGUGUGAACAACAAGCAAAUUACAGAAGAACUGAACUUUGCCCAGAAGUUUGAUGUUGUCUCUCUUAACUACAAACUGGCUCAUAACAUAGAGACAUUGAAAACACUGCAAAUAAAAGACAGGAUUGAAUUGCAGGUGAGUUAUCAACCUGGAGCCAUGCCACGAGGGAACAGCAGCUGGGGAACUGAGAUGGCAAAGAGCAGUGGGUGUAGAUGGGAUUUGCCAUGUUUGCUGUUUUGGAGAAGGGGAGUCCAGGUGCUCCCUUUGUUCUUGAGGGGAGUCCAGAAGCUCAGUUUGUUCUCAUGGGAGAAUAGCUUAGACCAGGACUUUCCCCAGGCCUGGGGCUGGCUCCCAGUGAGAGGAGGGCACUGUAUUUGUGUGACUGACAGAGCUGCAGUGUCCCCUGGACACACAGGGCAGAGGGGAGCACUGCUGGGAAUCUCACUGGAUCCUUUCCAAAUGUGUCUUUUCACAAUUUACUUUUGUUGCAUACAGGCUAUCUUGAACCUCAAAGUCACCAGGAGCUUUAGUUUGAAAGUGCUUUAUGGUGCUCACCUAACAGCUCUUGAAGGACAAAUCCAGGAGUUUGAAACAAGUACCAAUAUAACAGGGAAUUUCCAUCACUCCUUGCCAUGGCUGCUACAAGCCAGAGUCCCAUCAUCUUUACAGAUAGAUGUGGUUUUUCAAGGGAGAAACACUACUCAAGAGAGAUACGUGCACAUUGUAGCUGGAGAAGAAUCAAUCACAUACAUAAUAAACUCCUAUUAUGUUGACCACCAAGUGGAUCUCUUCUGCCAGAGUGUGCACAGCAGUGAGGUACUCCAGGCAUCUGGCUACCCUAAAGCAAUCAAUUUGAUUUUCAGUUUACAGAAAUCAGAAAACAAAGCCAAGACUGUCUGUGAAAUCCAAUAUGAUGAGAAAGAUAUAACUGUGACUGUGGAUGUUGACAUGGACUCUGAACUCUUAGGUAUAUUUGUGUUCAUGGCAGAGGUGAAGCAUUCAAUAUCACUUCUCCAUCACCUGGGACUUCCCUUCUUUCUUAAGCUGACAGUUCAAGAAGUCAUGACUGAAAACGAAACUGAAGGUGCUCUGAGGCUGACCUAUGAACAAAACAAAAACUUCUCCUUUUCCAUCAGUAGGAAAAAAGGCCAACAAGGUGAAGAGUUGAAUAUAAAAGCACUCCAGACUCAUCCCUUCUUUCUACAGUACUUCCCCUGUGCAGCAGAACUGUCUUCUAAGGUUAAUUAUGAUAUGAGCGAAGCAAAAGGCAAACUCUACGUCAGGAUGGAAAAAAGGGAUUUCAAUGUUUCAGCAAAGCUAACUUUGACUGGAAGCAGCUACACUAACGCCAUUGAAGUGGCACAGACCAUGGCCCAGUUUAAAAUUCUUCCAAGGCAACUCGUGUUUAUGACAAUUUACCAAAAAGGCAACAGAACUCGUCUGCUGAGGCACAUUGCCCUGUGGGAUGGCAAAGAGAUAAAGCUAACAGGCACUUACACUGGACUCUUCCCAAAGCUGCCUGGAGGCCAUGGCAUUCAGGUUGAACUUCUCCAUCCUCUCUCCAUCCCUUUUCCACGGCAUGCCUGGGUCAACUUAUAUGUGAAACAUUCAGCACGCAGUCACCGGGACGAUCUUACUGUCAUUUGGAACGAGAAGGACAAGGUACAGUGGCCCAGAGCAAAUAAAUCUCAGGAGAAUUACAGGAAUAUCAAGAGGGCCUUUUUUUUUUUUACUAUUCCAUGCAGCAGAAAUUGUCCUAAUUUGAACAUUAAUUUGCCUUACUGCUUCAGAAAGGACUUUGUUAUGCACAUAAUUCAUCUGAAGACAAGGUACAGGGAAAUCUUACUGGGUAUGUGUUUGAGAUCAUUAUGUGAGAGGUAUUUUACUUCACAAGUUCAUUUUCUAUCUGUUCAUAUGGAUCAGAUAUCAGUGUCAUCUUCUCUGAAGUUUGGAAGACACCGGACAAGCUACAUAGCCACUGUUGCCCACCCAUUUAAUUACACUCUGAAGCAACUGGAAGUGCGUUCCCUGUCAGAAACAAGGGGCAGAAAGUACAACCAGCAGCUGCAGGUCUCAGGGAAUGCUGGGCAGCCUGCUCAUCUCCAGCUGGGCCUGGAGGACAAAUCCAAGGUGGACGUCACUGCCUGGGGUGGCUGUGUGACACUCUCUGCAGGCCAGCUUCAGAGAAUAUUAAGCAUGGAACACCUGCAUGCAUGCGGGUCUCUAGAGCAAAGACCUGCAUUGUUUAAUGAAUACCUAGAUCUGAACUGGGAUGACAAAACAUUCAAACACAAUUUCACAUAUGAGAGAAAUCAAUUCUUGUAUCCUGAUAAAUUUCAGUUAGAAGCUGUUCUGGAAAAUAUUUUCCUGACCCCAUAUACAAAACAGAAGAUUCUGGGUAAAAUGGAAACAAACUACUGCUCUUACCUGGAUUACUAUACAAGCUUUGAGUUCUGUGACCUUCCAAAUGUAAGUCUGACACAAACUGUAAUUGUAUUAUCUGGAAAGCACCAGCUCAACAAAGAUGACAUCAUUUUGCAGUCAGAGGGCAGAUUCCACCUUGCUGAUCACCGGAGAGAUAAGGGGUUGUUUGGAAUAUCCAUAAAGAAUCAGAGCACUGCUGAUGUAAAGAACUAUUCUCUGGAAAUUGAAUUAAGAGCCUUUGAAGAUAUUUGGCUAGGCCUGACAGGAACUGCUGCUUCCUCAUCUGUCCAGAGCCAAAUCCUGGUGGAAGGGAUUAUUGAUCAGAAAGAGAAAGUAAAAGUAGCUGCUUCAAAAGCAAAGGAGUGUUUUCAGUACUACAUGGGGUAUCUGCAAGGGGAUUUGGAAGAAGGAAUGGAAGUCAGUGCUUGUUCUGAUGGGCAACAGAUGGCUGCCAUUAACACCUAUCUCAGCAUCAAUGGUAAAAGGCACGAAAACGUGGGACAAGUGACUCUAGCAGCCGCUAAUGGAAGCUUGAGUUUUCUGGCCCAUGGAUGUGGGGAUCCAGCUCUUAAGGCUGAGGUGAGACCUUUGAGUGGCUGUUUAAAGCAGCAUGAUUUUCCAAGAAUAUUAUUUGAUUUUGUCAUUUUGAUGGAGUACUUUCCACGUAGGCUUCAGGUGUGCAUUUUGGUGAGUAACCAGGUGAAAUUAUGCAAUUACAAAACUUUGAAUGAUUUGGAUCCAGCACAAGCAAUUUUAAGUAAUGAAAUCAAGGUUUUAACAAUCUUCUCACAGAACAAGCUUAAUGAAAUUGGGAGCCUUUUGAAAGCCACACUGAUAGAGAAGAUAAAGAAGUUUGAUGGAUACCUGUCGAGAUUCAGGAGAUCAGUGCAGCAUUGCGGUUUCCUGUCUGAAGCAGCUGGCUGGCCUUCAAUGGCCUUGCAAAGGGCAGCAGGAUUCCUGCACAGUGGGGGUACAGCUGUCACCCUUGUGUGGAAGCAAAGUGGAAUCAGGCACAUUCUGAGAAGCAGGAUCCCAUUUUACCUGGAGAAAAUUCAAGAUGUUGUCCGGCAAAUGCAGAAUGAAUUACAAAAGCCAUUAGCAACUUUGAAAGAUGCCUACUAUGAUGCAACCUUGAAGCCAUUGGAUGAAGUGUGGAGAGAAAAGACAGAAGAGCACAUGAAGAAAAUCCAGGCUUUCUUACCCAAGAUUGUAAAAGAUGUGUGGCUAAUGGAACCAAUCCAGGUGGCAAUAAAGGUUGUGAAAACAGGCUUGGAUAUGGCUACACAGCAGGUGCUCAGGUGGGCAGAGGCCACGUUUUCCAGAGCUGUGAGCAGGAUCCGGAAGCCCUUGCUGAACCUGUACAGUUUCUCACCCAGGAACUGUUCGGUGGCAGGAAAGCUGCCAGUGCUGCCUAAAGCAGACCUGUCCCUGCAGCUGGCAAAUGUUACCACUUACCUCAUUGGAGAAAAACUAAUGAGGCCUCUGCAAGACCUCUACAAUCUCAACAUACUUGCAGAGUACUAUAGAUUCAAACGGAGGAUGAUGGAGAGCCCCUUUGAAUAUCAUGCUAUGUUAGUGGGGACCAAGCACCUUGUGACUUUUGAUGGGAAAAUGUAUGAUUUGGCAUCAAAGUGCAGUGUACUUCUUGCCAAGGAUUUUGUUCACAAUGCUUUCACUAUAAUACUAAAUGAGGGAACUAGGAACUCACGAUCACUGUAUGUGGAGAUGAACCAGACUGUGAUCACUAUCCACCCACGACUAAAGAUCUCCAAGAUGUAUAACUUCUCCUUUACGGAAGAGAACUGCCAAGUUCUGGAUCAAUCCCUUGAAAACAGUACCAUGAAUUCAAGGCGAGGAACCAACAAAAUAGAAGUAUCUGAUCAGAAAGGAGUUUCUGUUUCCUGUGAUUUUCAGUAUGAUCUCUGUACUGUCACUCUGGCUGGGUGGCACCAUGGUAUUUCAGCUGGGCUUUUGGGUACCAAUGAUAAUGAAGCUGGAAAUGAAUGGAUGGUGCCUAAUGGUUCCUUCACUGACAAUGUGAAAGAGUUCACACAGAGCUGGCAGGGUACUGAGCGGCCCCUAUCAUCCUUCAAACCAGCUCACACUGGAAACCUGAAGAGCUCAUCCUAUCCUGAUGUAUGCAAAAAACCCCAACAUACACCAAGUUCAGUAAUUCUGUUUUCCCAGGUGAAUAAGUGCAGUCUUGUACCGAAGAAAGAGAAGCCAUGUCCAAUUACAGCUAAGCAAAACAUCUGUAAAGUGUUCUUUGAAGAACCACAUUCACUUCUUAGGAACUGCUUCAGAGUUGUGGAGCCCAAGCCAUUCUACACCAUGUGUACACAGGACACCUGUGACUCCCCAGCCUUGGGGGCUGCCUGCAGCUUAGCAGCAGCUUUUGUUCAUUUGUGCAACCGGAAUUUUGUCCCUGUGGAAAUCCCUCCACAGUGCUUGAACCAGUUCUGAAUGGCAGAUACCAGCCCUCAAGAUGGAAGAACCCUUUUAGCACCCAAAACAGAACAGUUAUUUUAGGUAGACAAACUAGAGGCAGGAACAAGGAGACAACAGUAGAAGUGUGAAUGCAUUAGUGUUAACUGUGAACAUCAUGAAGUAUAUAUAGUAUGUAAGGAAAUCUUUCCACCCAGAAGCCCUGAGGACAAAUUAUUUCAAUAUAUUGGCAAGAAACUAUAAUCCACCAAAAGAAAUUGGACAGGAAAGUAUCAGUUACUCUAAAAAAAUUCUCCCAUUUGGUGGCAAAAUUGCCUCUCCACAAGCCUUGAACCAUGGCACAAAUACACUGAAAAGCUGAGAAAAGCUCUCUUCCAGCAGAGAGUAGUAUAAGUGGACUACUUUGUGAAUGCAGCAUCAUCAGCUUGGGGUCAGCAGAGAUGCUGACUUCUUUUUUCUCCAGAAAUGAAACUCCACUGCUCAGCAGUUCUGAAGAAAGUUAUCUAUCUUUUUCCAGGGAAGUGCUCAAACACACAAGAAGGCUAAGAUAGAACUAAGAUGGGUAAAUAAUGGAAAGCAGUUAAUAAUUUUCUCAUUUUUGUGCUGGUUGAUUUUUCUUUUGUUAAUAUACACACUGUUAAACGAGAAACAGCCUUCUUGGUUUCUGUGCACCAGUUUCACAUUUUCCCUUUGUGUCCUUAGGACCCCCUUGGCAGCAGUCAGUUAUGUGCUGGGAAAAGGUGACCAAUAUCUACCAUACCCACAAAGUAACAUUAGGGUGUUAUAGCUACUGUUGUUUGUCUCAUCUGUUAAAUCCCUUUCUGCAUUGUAAGUCACUUUGAUUUAAAA